UGUGAAAAUUGCUGAAAGACCAUCCUGGAUUCACCUCAGCCACUGUAAGUUACAGAGAGUGUUAAAUACCUAAAAGGUUGGAACAGUGGUGAAGUCCGACUUCAAAGGGGUUUGGUUUUUUAGGGCCACUCGUCUCAACGUCGGUGAAGAAACCAACUGAUCCCUGUUCUUUAGAGUCCUGGGUAAAAUUAACAUCUCUGCUAACCUAGCAAAAAUGGAGUUCCCAUGCAGAAGGGGUUUCUUCUUUUGCGUUGUGGCUGCUGCGUGCAUUAUCUGUUUGAGUCCAGAUCCAAGGAAUGAGAGGAAAAAGAGGUUCAUCCACUCCACUGCCAUGAAGAUUUGGCUAGGUGAUAUCCCAAACCACCAUGUUGACAACUUAUGGGAAACGUAUGCAAGAACUGUAAUCCAGCAGCAUAACAAGACUGAUUGCUACGUGUGUUCUGUCAUGCCUAAAUCUACCAAGCAGCCUACCUUGUACAUAACUCCCAUGAACGCCUCACAGGCUAUUUGUUUUGCAUCAUAUGCAUUCCGGUUUAUGCCUGCUCAGUUAAUGAAUGCCACGACUGGGGUGACUUUGAUGGAACAGCCGUGUAAAGGAGUGAAGUCGUCACUGUUCUCUUACAGUAACGUCACAGGCUAUCCCACCAAGAUGAAGGCUGUUAUGUCUAAAGGAAUGAAACAUCCAGUGUGUAUUCACUCACCUAGAGGGAACGAUACGGUGAAAGUAGGACAUGCAGCAGGAUGCCAGAGUACUAUUACUGACCUUUACUCUGACUCUGUCUGCGACCUCCUACCUAAUAGAACGUACACCAGCUGUUCGACUUGGAAACCACAAGUCAACUUUCCUACAGAGGGUGGCUGGUUCCUGUGUGGAGGAGACAGCAUUUACCCAUCACUGCCCCUCAGCUGGUCAGGUACAUGUGCACCUGUGUUUGUUUCUGACCACACUGUUAUCAUCUCAGCUCAAGCUGUGAAGGACCAUCAUUCCUCUGAUAGGAUGAAAAGAGAACUCAGCUCCAGCUCAGUGUUCCAACCCCAUGAUCCCAUAUGGGGUUCCAACGUUCCCUCUGAACAUAAGCACUGGAGCACAGCGAAUAAAGUAGUACUUUCACUUUUCCCAUGGUUUGGAGUUGGUAAAUCUAUGCUGAUGAUUGAGACAUUGGACUAUAGAAUGAAGACUCUGGUGAACAUGACGAUGGACAUCAACAAAGGACAAAACAAACAAUUAAGUGAAAUGCGUUUAAUGGUACUGCAAAACAGAAUGGUUUUGGACAUGUUAACUGCUAGCCAAGGUGGUGUAUGUGUAAUGAUCGGAACAUCCUGCUGUACAUAUAUUUCUGAUGCAAAUGAAACUCAUAUUACUGAAGCUAUGUCUGCCUUAAAGAAUCUGCAACGAGCAAUGUCCCAGGAUGCUGUUCCUCUAAGUAUGGACUUCCUCUCCUGGUUUUUUUCAGGACCAUGGUGGCACCUUUUGCUGAAAAUAAUGACACCCAUUAUUAUUGUUCUUAUUAUGUUUUGUGUUUUUACUGCUUGUGUAAUCCCAUGCCUAAAGUCUAUGAUUGCUAAAACUAUGGGAAAUGUAAUGUUUCAAUAUCAAAUGCUUUCACAAAUCCCUCUUGAAGAAAUACACCCCGUAGUUUAACUUCUCCCUUGUUAAAAUGCUUAACAAAAUGACGGUCUCAUUGAAAAUGCAGAAUGCAAGUAAUGAGUGCUCGAAGUAGGUUUAGUUAAGUUUUCAAUUGUAAAUAAAAUGAUUAAAAGGGGGGAAAAUGUUAGAAAAUGUGAAUGUAAUCAUUUUAUUAUGUGAAUGUAAUCAUCUUAUUUUUAUCAAGUUAUAGCCACCUGGCUUGUUUUAAGAGUUUGCCUUUAGGAAAGUUCUGUUGUAUUUAACCUUAGGCAGGAAUAACAAAUAAUUAUCUCAGAUAAGGAAUCUCUUGCUCCCUUCUUUGCUUUCCACCCCCAUGUUGUAAAUUCCUGAAGCCUCCUGACCCUUUUUAACCCUCAUGUGGUAACCUCCUGACUCAACCCCCUUUGACCCUUAUGAUGACCUCCUGAUAAUGUGUGAAAAUAAAAGCAAGAGGACAGAAAUGACCCAGCGCAGAUGAUCUCAAACUGUCAGGGAGUGAAAUUCUCCGUUUGGGUUUAUCCUCUGUCCUUUCUAUAGAAAUGUC